AUGGGUGAUCGCGGUGUUUUCCCCAUGUCUCUCCUCCCGUUCAGCCUUCACCACAGCGCUCUUGACGGAGGAGAGCAUCCGCGCGUCGAGUCCAAGUUCCUCGAGGACCUUCCCAUCGAGAUCAUUUUUCGCUUCUACUCUUUUCUGUGCCUUCGCGACCUCUUCAACGUUGCCAGGACAUGUCGGUGGCUUAAUGCCAGCCUCUACAGCAACUUUGCCGCCAUCAGCGCCCGCUGUCUUUCGGUACACGGCUAUCGUUUGGUUCGCUUACCGCCGCUGGCGCCGCAACCAGGCCCGAUCACGAUGCUCGUACCGUCAUCGGUUGCUUUGACUCUCACUCGCGACGAAGUCACCUACAUACGCGAGUCCGAGCACUGCUUGCGGUACAUCGAGGACACCUGUCGCCGUAUAGGCAACGUCAACGACCCGACCAAGUGCUUUACGGUUACCGAUGGCGUCCUCGUUCAUGCGUGCCAGUCUGCUCUCAACAUAGUCGACGGCAUCACGUACCUCGACAUCCACUACGCACCAGACGCUCGCAGGAGUCCGUUCUAUGCCCAGAUGUACCGCUGGUCGUUCCCUGUCAGAGCGGACAAGGUCAUCGCGCUUGCUGUCGAGCCCAUCCACAACGUGAUUGGCGUUUUAUACAGGCAAGGUCAUCGGCCUAACGUCACAUUCUUCUACGAGUUCAAGGAUAUGGAUCUCGGCGGGAUCCACGCCUACUCGAUACUACCUACUCCGGUUCUUGUCGGCUUUCCCACGGACAUUGAUCCGGAGCAACUCACGUCAAGGCUUCUCAUGUCUGGACAACAGGCGUUAGUCUUGGUGGCGAAUACCGACGACUUCGUCGGAACGUACUUGUCCCUUGUUGACUGGACCGAGUGGGAUGCGGAUGAGGUACAACAGAUCAUCAUCACGAUCCGAGAUGAGAGGAUCUCUGACGUCGCUUGGGUGAGGCGCGGAGAGUUCAUGGUCGCGACGCUGGAAGGUCACUGCUACCUUAUGAAGGCUAGCACGUCCGGUCCUCUUCAGGCUUUUGUCGUGGCGCGCUUCUUCCUGCCGGACAUCAGUGGUCACACUGAGGUGAACGGCCACCACAUCGUUGUGUCUUCCGGUGCCGCGCGCGUACACGAAGGACUCUCCGGAAUUGACACGUUCUACGAGACCCUACGGGCGAGGCAGCAUAACAUCUUGGCGCCGACUGUUCGCUCCGAUAGUCGGGACAGUCUUCUAGUCUCCUCGAUCGCCACGUCUGUAGACGGUCAAGUCCAACCUGGCCACAUCUACUCAAUCGUUGUUCCCCUUCGGGAUGUUCUCGCAUUGGUCAACUCGCCCGCAUUCCUCCGCCCGACAACUCUCGACCAAGUUCGCGGCGUCGGGACGUGGAUUUUCUCGUGUAUCGAGCCACAUCGCCUCAUGACGUCGGAUCGUUGGUUCUUUCGGGUUCCGGUCUCCGUUCACCGCAACCUCAACUACUGCGACUAUACGCUUGCCGUGGUCGGUACUCGGACGGUCGAACUUCAAAACACCGAGCAUCCUCUCAUACGCGAGGCCGUCCGCCGUCAUCGUUCGCUAGCGCAACCGAUUCCGAGUGACUGUCUCAUCCUCACGGACUACAAUCCUCGCUUGGUGCAACCGAUGGAUAUGACGACGCCAAUCGACAUCACCGGCGUUUCUUCCGCCAUGGUGCCUACUGGCACUUGGCGCGAUAUCCCGGAGAUAAGACGUCUGGAGCGGACGGUCACUCGCCGUACUGGCCUUAUGGUCGACAACGAGUUACACCCGGUGUUUAUGGAGGACAUUGUUUGCACGUUGCCCCACCGGCAAGUGGCGACGUACCCGCUAAGCCCGCUCACCUUCUGCGUCCUCGAUGAGCGUCGCAUUUGGUUGUACACCUGGGUUACGGGGACCGCUAACGCGGAUUGGGAUGUGCGCCUCCUGGUUUGA